UCCUAGACCCACAUUUUCUGAGACACUCCUCAACUCCUCAGACAUUGGGAGCCUGCAGCAGAAGAACUUUCAGUCACGGCACCAUGAACCAAAGUGCUGUUCUUAUUUUCUGCCUUAUUCUUCUGACUCUGAAUGGAACUCAAGAAAUGCUUCUCUCCAGAACUUCACGCUGCACCUGCAUCAAGAUCAGUGAUCGACCUGUUAAUCCGAGGUCCUUAGAAAAACUUGAAAUGAUUCCUGCAAGUCAGUCUUGCCCACGUGUUGAGAUUAUUGCCACAAUGAAAAAGAAUGGGGAAAAAAGAUGUCUGAAUCCAGAAUCUAAGACCAUCAAGAAUUUACUGAAAGCAAUUAGCAAGCAAAGGUCUAAAAGAUCUCCUCAAACACAGAGAGAGGCCUAAUCACUGCACUACUGAUAAUGAAGGACCAGAGAGAAGCUACCUCUGACAACAUUUCCCUACAUACAAUAUACAUGAAGCCCUAAAUGUCCAUGGAUUGCAGUUCUCCUAAAAGGUGACCAACCACAGUCACCAAAUUAGCUGCUACCACCUCUGCAGGGCAGUGGAUGGUUCAUCAUUAGUACUAUACUAUAAGCUAUGCUGAGGCGCUACACUCUUAGUGAACAUGCCAAGUCCUAGCCCUCACCUUUCCUAUCUUCUAACGGUUAUUACAGGAUCCUUCCAACUCUGGGCUUAUUAGAAUUCUUAGAAUCUCAAAUAACUAAAAGGUAUUCAAUCAAAGCAAUAAUACAAUACGCUUUUUAAAGAAAGAUCUUUACUCUGUGGGCUUCUACUGCCAUUCUUUCAAGGGGCCCACAUUCUUCUGGUGGUUAUACACACAAUACACAGAAGCAGCUAGAAAUAUCUGGAAAUGUGAAAACAGUAUUAUUUAGUGAAAGACUAUACAAAGUAGAAUCCUUAGGUGGAUGUGUUUCUUAUAUUGUUUUCAGUGUUUAUAGAAUAACAUGUAAUAAAGUACUAUGAUGGAAGAAAUUUUCAAAUUUAGAUACAUGUUCUGCACAUUAUGUAAGACAAAUGUGAUGGAUGCUUUUAAAAACAAAAAUGAUGUUCUCUCCUAGAAAUAUUAAGAAAGAUUAUUUAACUGCUUAGAGACCAAAAAACUAAUAAAGUAAUUAUAACUAA